CAAUUAGCUAGAAACCCUUGGGUAGCAUUUCUCGAUGAAUCAUCCCGUGGUGGCCGUGCGCUAAGCAUUUUGGCGUUGCUUAUUCCGAGACUAGGGCGCCUUUGACUAACACCACGAUCAUAGGUCUUUUGACUCCGUAUAUACUCCGUAUGUCCAUGGCUUCCGAUUAUCGUUGCCUGAAGAUCUUGACCGUGACGGGAACAUGUCCAAAGAACGAGACUACAGCCAAGACUCGGGAGACCGGCGGCAUAGUCGCUAAAAGGUGGUCUUUUGUGGCCAGAUCCAACGGCCCCAUCCUUAUCGGUGGAGAGACAGUAGAUCAUAUACUGAAAUGGACAACACAUAUACUCCCGGGCUCCGCCGGGCCAAGUCUCGAAAUAAGUUUAGGGUUGGGGAAAAAGGCUUCUCUCAUGAUCGCGAUCCUCUAACUUGAGAGACAUGAGGUCGAAUUUCACAUUUGCCAAGAGAUCCCUGAUAUUAGUGAUUACAGCUUCGGGUACUACCUUCUCUUUACAGCGAGGGAUAUCGGGGCCGUACCCGUGGUGAGGUUUCAAGAGGUGCAUAAUGGCGAUAAUAACGGCCACCAAGGAAGAGGGAGGCAGGACUAUAAAAGGCCUUGUUGUCCAUCGGCUUUUCACCUUGAAUUCCAGGCAACUCAGCUUCUUCAGUAUCAAACUCACUUCAAAUCUUUCCUCACAACCUAGCCCUUCCUUCACAAAACCGCCAGAAUGCGUGUUACUGCUCUUUCAACUGCUAUCUUUGCGUUGGCUUCGACCGCUGUGUCGGCGCCGGUUGUUGAGAACUCGUCGCCUUCUCUUGAGGUCAAGCUGACCCAGAUUGACAACACUCGUGUGAAGGCAGUCGUCAAGAACACUGGCAGUGAGGAAGUGUCCUUCGUUCAUCUGAACUUCUUCAAGGACGCCGGCCCUGUCAAGAAGGUUUCCGUCUUCCGUGGAGACGAUGAAGUUCAGUUUGAAGGAAUCAAGCGCCGUCUUAGGUCCAGUGGCAUCACCAAGGAGGCCAUCACCUCUCUCGGUGCCGGAGAGACCCUAGAGGAUGAGUUUGAUAUCGCCUCAACCAGUGAUCUCGCCAAUGGCGGCCCCGUGUCCAUCCGCAGCCACGGAUUUGUUCCCAUUGUUGUGGACGGAAAGGUCACCGGCUACAUCCCCUACAAGUCUAACGACUUGACCGUCAACGUUGACGGCGUCAAGGCAGCCAAGGUGACCAAAGCGCUGUCGCAGCUUACUCGUCGCACUAAGGUUGCUGACUGCAAGGGUGACUCGGAGUCUGCGUUAACCACGGCUCUUUCUAACGCUGCCAAGCUAGCCAACCAGGCUGCCGAGGCUGCCGAGUCUGGUGACGAAUCUAAGUUCAAGGAGUACUUCAAGACUACGGACAAGGAGACCCGGACGACCGUUGCUGAGCGCCUGCGUGCGGUCGCUAAGGAGGCUAGUUCCACCUCCGGUGGCUCUACAACCUAUCACUGCAACGACCCCUAUGGGUACUGCGAGCCGAACGUUCUCGCCUACACUCUGCCAUCGAAGAAUGAGAUCGCUAACUGCGACAUCUACUACUCCGAGCUUCCCCCCUUGGCUCAGAAGUGCCACGCCCAGGAUCAGGCUACCACCUCUCUUCAUGAGUUCACCCACGCCCCUGGUGUUUAUCAGCCUGGCACCGAGGACUUGGGCUACGGCUAUGAUGCCGCCACACAGCUCAGUGCUAAGGACGCUUUGAACAACGCUGACUCGUAUGCUCUGUACGCCAAUGCCAUCGAGUUGAAGUGCUAAAUGUGAUAUGAUACCGCACGUACUCUGCUGAUUGGCAGAUGUUGUAUAUAGUUCGUUCCUAGUUGAUAGGUUGGGGUGACAUGAACAUGUACUCUGGUAGUUCGUUAUGUUCAUAUACCGAACGCUUAUGCUUUUUAUCCAGUUUGAAUAGGUUUGAUAAACUGCAUUGGCCCAGGUGUCUUACCUAAUGGCUUGGGCUUUUAAUGGGCCUUUGGCUGCAUCAGCCAAUCGAAGUAAGAUAGACAGUUUAAAUAUUUAGUACUGCGUAGAGUGCAAGCAACAGCCUGGAGGCACGCCCCUACAUACUCCCAUCGAUCGUAAUCAGGAAUGUCCUUCUCGUAGUACGUCUCUCAGACAUUUCCAAAGCCAACUUCAGGUCCUCGAAUAGACCACGGCCACCCAUUUCCACUAGCAAAGAGGGCGAAAUUGGCCCCUGCAAACACAAGCUAGCCUGGUGGUGCAAGAGCUAGC